CCUCCAACAUCAAGGCUGGCUGGUGGUAUUCCUUCAACAUUCAAGGAUCUGGUGGAGAGAAAGGCGGAGCAGGAGGACCUCUUGUACAUACCAUUACCAGGGAAAACACGGGAGGGGAAACAAGUGUACAGAUUCGGCAAGGCUUCUAUCUACUACGACCAUAAUGUGGUCUUCAUGCAGGAUCCCAACAGCGGGCAGUGGUUGCCCACAUCCCUGAACCAGUUAACAGAAGCUGCAAAAUAG